CUCUGAUUUCAAAAGACCGGGUCUAUCCCCUUCCCCUACGUUCCAACUUUUACUACUACAUGCAAUAAAAACAUCAAUUUUUUUUUUCUUUUAUUGUGAUCUUUAUUUUAAUUUCCCCGCAUUUAUCAUUGAAUUUUAGCACUUACACUGUUGAUUAUGAUAAAAAUUUCUAUAUAUAUUUUGUUAUUCUUCUGUAAUUUCCUUCACUCAUUUGUAUGUAGAGAAAGUGUUCGAAGAAAUUCCGAAGAGAGAAUGCAAAGAAAUGGGAUGGUUUGAUUGAAUAUAAACUUAGUUGGUAGCAAGAUUUAGCACUUGUUUGAUGAGAAAAUGGAUGCAUUCUUUAGUGGCCUCGGUCAUCGGUUGAGAGUCUCCGGCAAAGUAGCCGAUUCGAUCAUGAUGGGGAUUGUGAAUUCUGCGAUGGAAGGUGCGUACAAGAAGAGCUUGUCCAAGGAAGGGGAUCUGGAGCGGUUAAACGAGAAGUCGAGGUUCUGCGAGCUUGCGAUCAUGCAGCUCGAGUGGUGCCUUAAGUUCGUGCAGGACGAGAUGGAUGGCAGCGUCGUAGACGAUGCACGUGAUAGUGAGCAGCUGCUUGCGGAUCUUUUGGAGACCAGGGAUCGGAUCCAAUGUCGGCUCGAAGAGACCGAGAUCACGAUCACCGAGAAAGAUAGGGAGCUAACGAGGAGGAAAGAGAACGAGGCGAAGCUUAGGCUAGCGUUAGAAGUCAAGGGCGAGGAAGUGAGCUCGUUGCUAACGGCGCUUGGGCUCGAAAGAGUGAAGGAUGAGAGAGCAAGCGAGCCGGUUCCAUGCAGCACAAUGGGUACGCAAAAGGAUGAAUUUCAUAUGUUUGAUGAAUUGAAAAACUCGGUUGGUCUACAGAUGCAGAAACUUAGUAGCAAGUUGGAGAAUGGGCGGCAGAUUCUGACGAGUCUGAUGCAAAAGAGAGGGGGGAAUUCGUCGGACGUAGAGAGGUUUGUUUCUGGGCUUGACGUUGACGGUGAUGGCAUGAAGAUGCUACCUGACCUUUAUAAUAUGGCGCAGCUGUUGAUGGAGUUCGAGGAGAUGAUUAUCGAUGCUGGCGUUCUAAAAGAAAGCAUCGACUCUUCUUUCGAAAUAAUGGGGAGCUCUGUCGCCUUCUUUAAAACAACUAUGGAAGAGCAGCAGUGGGUUUCGAGUGCUGAGAAAGAGAUUUCCGGAAUUGUCAUUACAAAUUUUCUCAGAGACUUAUGCCGUAGUACUGGGUUUCCUGCAAAUUGUUCUGUUCCAUUUUUGUUGGAUCAUAACUGGUUCUCUCUUAUCGACAACAUUGCGACCUUGCAAGCUGAAUUAGGAGUAUUAGUCUCUAACAUUGACAUGCAAAUAAGGACUCCCCAUAAUUCUUUGUCGAAAAUACUUUUGGGACGAAAUAGUGGACUCGAAGGGAACACAUCAGUAGGAGAUAAGCUUUUGUUAAAUAAUUUUGGUGAUGGUGCAGGUGCAAUAGAUAAUCAAGGGCUUGGCACUCAUUUUAAAAAAGUCGAUCAUAUGGAAGACCUGGGGAAAGAAAACCCAUCAGGCAACGAGUCCGUUGAGAGGACAACUGAAGAAAUUAACUGGCUGAAGGAUAAGCUAUCGAAAGAAAAAAUAUAUUCGUCGCAAAAAGAUGAAAACUUAAAUGCACUUAAAGAAGCAGUUGCUCUGAUAAUUAAACGAAUGGAUGCUAUCAAAACAGAGAAUGCCGAGUUGUUCGAAGCCUAUCUUGAACAUAAUUCAGAAGGAUCUGAAUCAGUAGAGAGAGAAACCAAGAUUUUACAGCUGCCGAGAGAAGCCCACAAGUGGUUAGAGAACAAGAAAUGUCGUCGUUUAGUAGAUGCUCAGCUAAUUGAGGAGAUAAGACAUCUAAUGGAAGAAAAAGAUGAUUUGAACACUAUAUCUAGACUAAUGGAAGAGACUUACACCAUACUCUUCAAAGGUUUGGUGAGGACACAAUGCUUUGAUUACUUUGAUACUUACUUAGAAACCCACAUCCGAGAGGAUACAUUUAGCAUUAUCAUCCGUGAGAUUGUAAAUAUGUGGAAUAGCAUGAAGGAAACUUUUGAUUUAGAGAGACUGGCCAAGGAGGAGAUUGAUUGCAUUAUUUUCAGCGAGAUAAUCAAAGAAACCAAAAGCAUGCAUAAUUUGAUGUUGACAAAAUGCCAAGAGGAUGAAGUACCUUUUGACGGUUCUUUUUCCCAAAGAACUGAAGUUGCUGAUGAUAGACAUUGCAGAGAUCUUCAAUAUUUGCUAAUACCAUUUACUGAAUUUUUGCAAAUAUUCACGGACUUUGAGUUUAUGGCCUGUGAGAGAAUAAGAGCAAAUACCUCAAGGUUGGAAGAUCUGAAUCGGCAAUUGGACCCUCUAGUCGAGCAAGUAAACUCGAUUAAAGGAAAAGAAUUGCUAUAUCGUAAAGCUUUCACCAGGCGGUGUUAUGAUCUCCAAACAGCUGAAGCGGAGGUGGAUUUGCUUGGGGAUCAAGUGGAUCUGCUUCUUAGCCUUAUCGAGAAGAUAUAUGAAGCAUUGGAUCAUUAUUCACCAGUUCUGCAACAUUAUUCUGGGAUAAUGGAGAUUCUAAGUUUGAUAAAAGAACAAUUGGAUUCGGAACAGAAAAAGUGACUUCUCCAUCCAGGCAUUAGCAACAAAUGCUGUUAUCCAAUCCUCUUGGUAUGAUUUCUUAUGCUGCUAUGAUCAUUUGUUGAUUCGCCGUAACACGUCGCAAAUUGUUUGAUCUUGUGCCAUCUAAGAGUGGAAAAAGUCUAAAAUGUGAUGGUCAUAUGGGUGAUAUGGUGUUGUCUCCAAUAAUUGCAUUUGAUUCUUAGGACUCACCCAUCCCAUCAUGAUUUGUAGAAAAAUAUUUUAUUGUAUUUUUCUUUGAAAAGAAAAUAUGUGAUUAGCUGGAUAUAGAUUAUGCGGUGUAAACUACUACAAAAUAGACUUCCUGGUAAGAGUGAUAUAUACUCCUACCAGUCACUUCUUUUGAAGAUAAAUAUUAGGAUAAAUUGCACCUUUUGGUCCUCAAACUAUGAGGUUGGUGACAUUUUGGUCCUUAAGAGUUUAAUUAGUUGCAAUGGUAGGAUGGAAAUUGUGAUCAGAUUACACUUGCUCCUGAGAUUUUUAAAUUGAUUAUCACUCUUUCAAGAGAACAUAGACUAG